AUGGCAGGGGAACAAAUGGGAGUGCUUAACGCACUCGAUGUGGCCAAGACACAACUCUAUCAUUUCACGGCAAUCGUCAUCGCCGGAAUGGGUUUCUUCACCGACGCCUACGAUCUCUUCUGCAUCUCUCUGGUCACAAAACUACUCGGUCGUAUCUACUACACCGAUCUGGCCUCCGACAAGCCAGGAACCUUGCCUCCCAAUGUGGCGGCAGCCGUAAACGGCGUCGCUUUCGUUGGAACCUUGACCGGCCAGCUCUUCUUCGGGUGGCUCGGGGACAAGAUGGGGCGGAAGAGAGUGUAUGGUCUAACACUACUUGUCAUGGUUGUCUGUUCCGUCGCCUCAGGGCUGUCCUUCAGCGACGACGCUAAGGCCGUCAUGGCCACGCUUUGCUUCUUCCGAUUCUGGCUCGGCUUCGGCAUCGGCGGCGACUACCCUCUCUCCGCCACCAUCAUGUCUGAGUACGCCAACAAGAAGACACGUGGUGCCUUCAUCGCCGCCGUUUUCGCCAUGCAAGGGUUUGGAAUUCUUGGGGGUGGGAUCGUUGCUUUGAUUGUCUCAACUGCUUUCAAUGCAAAAUAUAAUGCUCCAUCGUACCUCGUCGACAGAGCGGGCUCGUUGGUUCAUCAAGCCGAUUAUGUUUGGCGUAUCAUCCUCAUGUUUGGAGCUCUUCCAGCAGCCGUCACUUACUACUGGCGUAUGAAAAUGCCUGAAACCGCUCGAUACACCGCACUCGUUGCCAAAGACGCUAAACAAGCUGCUGCAGACAUGUCCAAGGUGCUACAAGUCGAGCUCGAAGCCGAUGUCGAGAAGGUAGAGAGACUAUCUGAAGGUAAAAACUCGUUCGGACUUUUCUCUAAGGAAUUUGCCAAAAGGCAUGGUCUCCACCUUGUUGGAACAACAACAACUUGGUUUUUAUUAGACAUAGCCUUUUACAGCCAAAACCUUUUCCAAAAGGAUAUUUUCAGCGCCAUUGGUUGGAUCCAUAAAGCCAACACCAUGAACGCCAUUGAAGAAGUUUAUAAAAUCGCCAGAGCACAAACCCUAAUCGCCUUGUGUAGUACUGUCCCGGGUUAUUGGUUUACAGUUGCAUUUAUCGAUCGUAUGGGACGAUUCGCCAUUCAACUAAUGGGUUUCUUCUUCAUGACCGUGUUCAUGUUUGCCCUAGCCAUUCCUUACAACCACUGGACUCAGAAAAAUAACCAUAUUGGGUUCGUGAUUAUGUACUCGUUGACUUUCUUUUUCGCCAACUUCGGACCAAAUGCGACGACGUUUGUUGUCCCGGCUGAGAUUUUCCCGGCACGGCUGAGGUCCACGUGUCAUGGGAUAUCAGCUGCGGCCGGGAAAGCUGGAGCAAUGGUGGGGGCUUUCGGGUUCUUGUACUCGGCCCAAAGUAAGGAUCCCUCGAAGACCGAUGCUGGUUACCCUCCUGGUAUUGGAGUGAAAAACUCUUUGAUUAUGCUUGGAGUUAUCAACUUUCUUGGAAUGGCUUUUACAUUUUUGGUGCCUGAGUCAAAGGGAAAAUCACUUGAGGAGUUGACCGGUGAGAAUGAAGGAGAGGCUGAGACCACUCCUCAAAAUGCUAGCUAGAAGAAUUGGUCUUGUUUGAUUGGUUUGUGAAAUUUCCAAGUUGAAUUUUUAUUAUGUUUUGUUCAUUUUUUAUUUUUAUUUUUUUGUUGAAUACUUGUAAUGCAAUAAUAAUAAUAAUAUAAUUAAUAUUGUAUGUAUAUAUGUACUGUUGCAAAUCUUUUGCAAAAGGACAUUUAUAUUCAGUGUGAUUGAUAUUUUUGUUUUUAUACAAUUAAUGUAAAUUAAUAUUUAUUGUAAUGAUAAAAU